UUACAUAUAGCAACACACAUAAUUUUGACAGUUACAUUGAAUUGUCAUUUUCUACGUUGAAAGCAAUAAAAUGGGUGAUCGUAUGGUGCAUAUGAAGUUUGGAGGAAAUGCUGCAGCCAGUGUGGACGCUUAUCUAGAAUACAAAAGAAUAGUGGGAGAAGAUGACGGCGGUGUAACGUUUACACCAGAGCAGUAUGAAGCCUACAAGAAGAAAGUGCUUCCCAUGCGGAUGAAAAAUCGCCUAUUUACCGCCUGGACGUCGUCAACUGGCAUGGACUGUAAUCUGAUUGGUCCCCAGCAUAACUGUUUCUGUGAACAUAGGUACCAUCAACAUAAGACGGACUUUGAAAAAAUACCCACGGAACGUCCAAUCCUGCUCCCAUGUAAGGUGAAAGGUUGUGGUUGCCGGAGCUACCACUUUGUCCCCAAGGUCGGUACUCAGCCCAUCCGGUGUUCCUGCAAACAUUUCUCCACAGAUCACUCAGCUGUUCCGCCACACAAAUGCAAAACAGGCAGUUGCAAAUGUGGCGGUUUCACCAGCUCCUACACCUGUGGGUGUGGUCAGCCCUACUUUGCUCACUCCAUGGUUGUUGAGACCCGAGAGGAGAGGUUGGCCCGAGGGCAUCCCGUGGGCCAGGACGUACCUUACCAGGCCAUGGGAGGACUGACGGGGUUCUCGUCUCUUGCGGAAGGGUACAUGCGAUUAGAUCCUAGUGGUCAGGGAGCGCCGCCCGAUGAGUUUCUUAACCAGCCCAUAACAUCAUCAGACCAUCCGUUUCUACGUGUAAACGCAGAGUCUAUAAAACAACAUAAGACCAACCAAAGGGCUAUUGCAGCCCGACACGGUGGCCAGGGUCCCAGCCAAGAGGAAAUAGAUGCUGAUCUGGCUGAAAGAAUGUCGGCCAUGAAACGGCCAGGGGAGUCUGACAUGGACUUCUACGAACGGAGAUACCAGGAGAGGACUGGUUAUGUCCCCUUUGAGCUGAUUUUGUCCCUUUUGGGACUGGUUUUGUGCCUAUUAAGACUGAAGGUGGCAUGGGUUACCGUUGCUGUUGUUAUUCGAUCUUGCUUCACACAUUUCAGCAAAAGGCCCGAACGAGAAAGAGCACGGGCGUCCCGUGCAUUGCCAGCCGGUAAACAAAGAGUUGGGAGAAGAAUCGAGCCUCCAAAGAAGUGAUUUUGUUUAUAAUUGUCCCUAUGGCUAUAUUUUAUAUAAAUACUAUUUCUCAAUAUGUGCUAUUGUUAACAUGACCACGCCUCUAAAAGCUGCACUCUCACAAAUGUUAUGUUGAAAGAUAUAGUUUUUUUAAAGUUGUUAAAAUCAUCAAACAUCAACAAAAAGAUAUCAUUUGAAUUGACAUGGGUAAAUCCAAGCCUUAAAGCAUUGAAUCUCCAAGUGCUAGUGCAGCUUUUCGGCAAAAUAGAACAUUUUCUGUCACAUUUUAAAUUAAUUAUUACCAAAAUAUUUCUGAUUUUAACUUUUGAUGACAUUUUAUCUUUGUUACAAGAAUUUCGUGUACACACACGAACUUAGUUAUUUCUAUGUCUGACCCUAAAAACGUGGACGAGUCCCUUAAAGGGGAUAAUUACACCAGAGAGAAUAAGUUUAUUGAAAAUGUUUUAACUUUUUUGUUGAAAAUUAAAGCUAUAAAAUAGUGAACUAUUUUUUUGUAUUAAAAUCGAAGAUCAUGUAUAAAUAAGUAUAUUUAUGUAGGUCUGUUACGGUGAUCAGUUUGAUGAUUUUUUUCUUCAUAAUUCAUUGACAAAAUGUUGUAUGACCAUGUCUUGGGUGGGCUUGUUUGUUUAGCUUGUUGUGUUUGUUGAAUAAAUCUGUGUUUUA